GCCUUUCCGCCGGGAGCCGGUGCGCACGCGCCGCUCGGGUCUUCUCGCGCCCUGACAUGGCCGCGCGGUCGCUGUGGGCGGUCCGGCGGCGGGUGCAGCGCCUCCUGGCCUCCUGCAUCCCGCCCGAUAGCAGGGAAUGGCUGCCCCCAUUCAGCACUGCCACCCAGAGAAAUGCUGGUGAGGACUGCAGUUCUGAGGACCCUCCUGUUGACCGUGGGCCCUCUCUUGCUGAGCAAGCCUUAAGGUUAAAAGCAGUUAAACUGGAGAAGGAAGUCCAGGAUUUGACAUUGAGGUACCAGAGAGCGGUAGCUGAUUGCGAAAACAUAAGGAGACGAACCCAGAGAUGUGUGGAAGACGCCAAGAUAUUUGGAAUCCAGAGCUUCUGUAAAGAUUUGGUGGAGGUGGCAGACAUCUUGGAGAACACUACUAAGUGCAUUUCUGAAGAAGUAGACCCUGAGGACCAGAAGCUCACUCUGGAGAAAGUCUUCCGAGGGUUGUCACUUUUAGAAGCUAAGCUGAAAAGUGUGUUUACCAAGCAUGGCCUGGAAAAGAUGGCACCCAUUGGUGACAAAUAUGACCCUCAUGAGCAUGAACUCAUCUGUCACGUUCCAGCUGGUAUUGGCGUGCAGCCUGGCACUGUGGCAUUAGUAAGGCAUGAUGGGUACAAACUUCAUGGUCGCACCAUUAGACUGGCCCAGGUGGAAGUGGCUGUUGAGUCUCAGAGAAGACUUUGAACAGGUCUUCAGGAACUGAAUGUUCACACAGUGCAGUCACCUGUUUCCUUUAUUUAUUAAAUUAGGUUUGUAUUGUA